AUGAAGUUUCAUGUUUUCAUCGCAAUUUGUGCAGCAGUUUUCGCACAGCAUGCUAAUGGGCAGAAUACAGAUUUAAUGAAUACUUACACUCAACAGAAUGUCGGCAAACAAUCUGGUAUACAUGUUCAAAAUGGUCUGAAAUUCAACCCAAGCUUAAAUCUAGCUGAUAUAGUCAAUUCCUUAGACAACCAGUUACAAGGAACUGCGGGUAGCAGUAUUGCGCAGAUGGGACAAGAACUUUUAGAUUUGGAUGACGAUUCUCUUUCUAAAUUGCAAGCCGAAUUAGAUUUACUGGGAGAUAAUUCGCAAGAAGACGAUGACAGUGUUGCUCACUUGGAAGCAGAAUUAGCAGCAUUGGGAUCUGAUGACAGUAGCGAUGACGACGACAGUGUCGCGCACUUGGAAGCAGAAUUAGCAGCAUUGGAAUCUGAUAGUGGCGAAAGCGACGAUGACAGUGACAGCCACAGUGUUGGGCAUUGGAAAGGAAAAUUCGGAACAUCGGGAACUGAUGAAAGUGACGACGACAGCGAUGACAGUCUUGAAAAAUUAGAAGCAGAAUUAGCAGCAUUGGAAUCUGAUAGUGGCGAAAGCGACGAUGACAGUGACAGCCACAGUGUUGGACAUUGGAAAGGAAAAUUCGGAACAUCGGGAACUGAUGAAAGUGACGACGACAGCGAUGACAGUCUUGAAAAAUUAGAAGCAGAAUUAGCAGCAUUGGAAUCUGACAGUGGCGAAAGCGACGAUGACAGUGACAGUCACAGUGUUGGACAUUGGAAAGGAAAAUUCGGAACAUCGGGAACUGAUGAAAGUGACGACGACAGCGAUGACAGUCUUGAAAAAUUAGAAGCAGAAUUAGCAGCAUUGGAAUCUGACAGUGGCGAAAGCGACGAUGACAGUGACAGCCACAGUGUUGGACAUUGGAAAGGAAAAUUCGGAACAUCGGGAACUGAUGAAAGUGACGAUGACAGCGAUGACAGUCUUGAAAAAUUAGAAGCAGAAUUAGCAGCAUUGGAAUCUGAUAGUGGCGAAAGCGACGAUGACAGUGACAGCCACAGUGUUGGACAUUGGAAAGGAAAAUUCGGAACAUCGGGAACUGAUGAAAGUGACGACGACAGCGAUGACAGUCUUGAAAAAUUAGAAGCAGAAUUAGCAGCAUUGGAAUCUGACAGUGGCGAAAGCGACGAUGACAGUCACAGUCACAGUGUUGGACAUUGGAAAGGAAAAUUCGGAACAUCGGGAACUGAUGAAAGUGACGACGACAGUGAUGACAGUCUUGAAAAAUUAGAAGCAGAAUUAGCAGCAUUGGAAUCUGAUAGUGGCGAAAGCGACGAUGACAGUGACGAUGGCAAAGGGAGUGUUGCAGAAAUUUCAAAACAUUUAGUAGCAGCAAAAGCGGAAUACAAUGGGAACGACGACGACGACAGCCUUGAACUACUAGAAAAACAAUUAGCAGCAAUGGAAGCUGAAGGAAGUGACGACGGCAAGGACAGCAUUGAACAUCUGGAAGCUGAUCUAGCACAAAUACAUUAUAACGACGAUGAGGAAUCGACUGCAGAUGCUGAAGACGACGAUGAUGGAGAUGAUGAUUUUAGUUCCGCCGCUAAAUCUGUUGCCUCUGCAGUCGACUCUAGCAAUUCAGUCGGUAUGUUACAUUUGUUACGAGAAAUAGAAGCAAUCGAAAGAAGCUCUCAGAAAGUCGCCAGCGGUUCAAAUAAACAAAACGUUUUGAAACAUCUUGACCUCGGUCAAAUUCAUGGACAAGGGAAAGGAGCACAACAAAUUAAAGCGAACUUGGUCACUGGUCAGCACACAAGUUACGGUGGCAAUACAGGAGCACAAAUCAGCCACGGACAAAACGUCAUAAAACACGUGGUCACUGGUCAGCACACAAGUUACGAUGGCAAUACAGGGGCACAAAUCAGCCACGGACAAAACGUUAUAAAAAACGUGGCCACUGGUCAGCACACAAGUUACGAUGGCAACGCAAAAGCACAGGACCAAAACAUGCACCAAUUGACCACCGUUACGACGAAAAAAAGCGCAGUUCACGCCACAAGCAAUGACCAUUUAUUGGAACAGAUAUUGAAAAACUUCAACCUUAAUCAAUAA